AGGCUCAGCUCCUCCAUCCCUUUAGAGACUCAGAAAAAAAGUUCAGGAAUGUCAACCAAACAGUGAUAAAUUUAGAGAUGAUGAGAUCGGGUUCUGGGUAACCGAAGCCAAAGCCAACUACGAUAAAGGUGGUGUUUCAGAGCAGUGGAUUCUAGGAUCAAUGUCACUGUAGAAACAAAUGGAUGAGUGAAUAUCCAUAUGAAGAGGAAAACCAUAAAGACUCUCAACACCCUUGAGAACAGAAUGCUAAUGCUUGACGGGAUGCCUGCAGUCAGAGUCAAAACAGAGCUUUUGGAAUCUGAACAAGGGUCUCCAAACGUUCACAACUACCCCGAUAUGGAAGCUGUCCCCCUCUUGCUAAAUAAUGUGAAAGGGGAGCCCCCAGAGGACUCACUGCCGGUAGAUCACUUCCAGACACAAACUGAGCCAGUGGACUUGUCAAUCAACAAAGCCAGGACCUCCCCUACUGCAGCUUCAUCCUCCCCAGUCUCCAUGACAGCGUCUGCCUCCUCGCCUUCUUCAACUUCAACCUCUUCAUCAUCGUCCAGUCGCCCAGCCUCAUCUCCCACUGUUAUAACUUCAGCGUCUUCAGCAUCGUGUUCAUCCACAGUGUUAUCCCCAGGACCACUUGUUGCCUCUGCAUCCGGCAUGGGCGGCCAGCAGUUUUUGCACAUCAUUCAUCCUGUCCCACCUUCCAGUCCCAUGAACUUGCAGUCUAACAAACUCAGUCAUGUUCAUCGAAUUCCCGUGGUGGUACAGUCUGUGCCGGUUGUCUACACAGCUGUACGGUCACCUGGAAAUGUGAACAACACUGUUGUUGUGCCGCUUAUGGAGGAUGGGAGAAGCCAUGGCAAAGCACAAAUGGACCCCCGAGGCCUAUCUCCCAGACAAAGUAAAAGUGACAGUGAUGAUGAUGACCUGCCAAAUGUGACCUUAGAUAGCGUUAAUGAAACUGGAUCCACGGCCCUUUCCAUAGCCAGAGCAGUACAAGAGGUCCAUCCAUCCCCAGUGUCCAGGGUCCGGGGAAAUCGAAUGACUAACCAGAAGUUUGCUUGUUCCAUCUCACCAUUCAGCAUUGAGAGCACAAGACGCCAGAGACGAUCAGAGUCCCCGGACUCCAGGAAGCGGCGCAUCCACAGAUGUGACUUCGAAGGGUGCAACAAAGUAUACACAAAGAGUUCUCACCUGAAGGCACACCGGCGAACACACACAGGAGAGAAGCCCUACAAAUGCACGUGGGAAGGCUGCACCUGGAAGUUUGCCCGUUCGGAUGAACUGACCAGGCAUUACCGCAAACACACGGGAGUGAAGCCAUUCAAGUGUGCGGACUGUGACCGCAGUUUCUCGAGGUCAGACCACCUGGCGCUGCACCGUAGGAGGCACAUGCUGGUGUGAGGAAGGGCUCCGGUCCAGCUGGGCGGAAGAGCUGGGUCUCUUAAGGAGCAACUAACUCAGCAGGGCUGAGCUCCCUCUACAGUGUUAACAUCAAGGGCACCGCCAUUCCCACGGUGCCUGAAACCAGAGCAGGAACAAGAAGGAACCAACCCUUCUCCCUUCGGCCUGAAGGUAACCCCCCAUCAUGACCACGCGCGCGUGUGAGAGAGCCCUCUGCGUUCACGCUGGCCUGGGAGUUCAGCGCCUCAGGUCCUGAAGAGACAGGCAUUGUUUUCCAUGCUAUGUCCUCUGCCAUUGAAAAGAUGUUUGUAGCUUGUACAUUUUCCGAGCUGGCAGACACUGCUAUCAAUCCCUUAAAGGUCAUCUACCGCAAAUUGAUGGUUAGAAAAGACCUUCUCAGUUUGGAUGAUUCUUCCAUGGCACCCCACCCCACUCCACCCCCCAACCCUCAACCCUUUUGACAGAAAUUUCAGUUCCGAUCUCAGUUAAGCUAGAACACACAUCCAGUCUGUUACCAGCAAGCAGCAUGAACCAGAACGGAAG